AGAAAGAAAGAAACAAAGUUGUCGACCGUGCUAUGCACACGGGGAGGGAUUUUAUUUAUCUCGAGCAAGUCGUUUAGUCCAGCACUGGUCUGCUGGGAUGUAACCGUAACGGCGCACCGGUUCCCCUCACUUCCGUCUCUCUCUCCAAACUUCUCCGCUACUUUUCCGCCGAGUCCCGGACAGGAUUUCUCCUUUGAAAAACGGGAAUGAUAAAAGCAGUCGAGCACAGGCGGAUGGACGAAGGGACUCAGGAGUCUAUGUGUGUUUCCUGUUGCCUGAGUUAAAGUUAAACAUGUUAUUUUUUCUUCACGAGCACAUUGUGCGCUGAGAUGAAUGGCACAAGUCGGGUGAGUCCACUAUCUGUGCACAAACGGAUUUAUUUCCCUGUCUACACUGGACCCACAUGAAGUGGUGGUAGCCUGCAUCCCCGCUGAAGCUCUCUGCUUUGUGUUUUUAAAAAAAAAGAAAUUCAAACGGAGAGACACCCCCCCCCCCCACACACACACACACACACCGCACUGGAUAACCAAGCUAUCAAACUGACUUUACUGAAGUGUAUUUGGGACAGUUUAACGAAGAGUGAAGAUGCAGAUGUGGAGCCACAUGAGGGUCCACAAAGGAGGCCCUCCGCGACCAUAGGUCACGCCGAAGUGUCCUGGAUGUAUGUUUCUCCUGUUUCCUGGCUGGAUUGACUUGAACUAUUAGUAAUUGUGUAAUAAUCCAAUGGAUUCUUCCUCACCACAGCCUACCUGUGCCUGUGGGUUUUCCACAUGAGGGCAAACCAGAUGACUCGGAGGACUUAAGUCAUGGGGAGCUGUACGACUUGACUGCCCAGACAGGUUAAAAACACGAGAAGGCUUCAUCAUGGACAGGUUAUUGGAGAAGUUAAAGAUAACGGACUCGGGCAGUGUGAAAUUCAACAGUAAGAAAAAACAUGACUCUGCCAACAACUCUAAUAACAGCAACGCCAACACUGGCAUCUCCGGAGGCAGCGGUCUGCCACCAGCUCCCAGCUCUGCAGCUGCCUCGCCCUCAAGACCCGGCCAGUUCUCGCUUGCCUCUGCAACCACAAGUGAUGCAUGUGUUCCAGCGAGUGGGAGAGGAGGAGGAGGAGGAGGAGGGAUGGGAAUGCCUCCCUCUCAGAUCCUCACCCCACCGCAAUCUUCCUCCUCGGUGGGUGCCAUACCUCAAGAUGGCGAGCAGCCACCUCACCCUUCCACCUUGGCACCACUGAGGCGUCGCUCCCCACAGCAGCGAGCUUCCUGUUACCUGGGCGAAGGCGUGGAUUUCCACCUGAGGCGUGAGUCAGGCCUGGGCCCAGAGUGUGACUUUCUGGGAGCGUUUGGCUCCAAGACGUCCCUCAAUCAACGGCGCUACUCCCUGGAGCUCCAGCAGCUGGUCAGACGACAGCAGCUCCUCUCCCAGCCGCCGCUACCCUCUGGUCCCCCGCCGUACCCUGCUUCCUCGGGCUAUGGGUCGGCUCCCAGAGGUGGUGGAGGUUGCCUGGCAGAGCCUGGCUAUCUCUCCGAGCCGGAGAGGCACAAACGCCUCUCUCUCCAGGAGGCUCUGUUCUACAAACGCCUGAGCACGGGCAGUGAACUGUGGGAGAACCCCAGGCCUGCAUCGCUCUCUCAUCCGCCACAUCGCACAUCUGAUGUGACCGGAGGUGUAGGAGGGGGCUUCUUUUAUCCGCCAGGACCUACCCUGAGCCCAUGCUCGUCAUUCAGCCUCCAGGAGUCGGUGCUGGUCAGCCCCAGGUCCAGCUUCGCCUCCAGCACGGCCAGCGGCGGCGGGGGAAGCCCCAUGGGGAGCCGCUGCAGCAGCAACCGGACCAGUGGCAUCAGCUUGGGCUACGACUCUCGCUACUCCGCCUCUGGAGGAUUCCCCCCACAGCAGCAAUCCCCCUCCAUGCAGACAGGGGGCUCUGCGGCUGGUUAUGGAGCUCAAGGCAGGGCCGGGGUGACCCCUGUGGAGGCCUGGACUCAAUACCUGGAGGGAGGGAUGCGUCCAGGGGCAUACGAUAGCCGACACUCCUACCCACCUGCUGUUGGAAGUCCAGGAGCAGCGUGCUUCCAGGCUGGCCCAGAGUGGUGGGUAGAGCAGCAGGCGGGAGUGAGAGGCAAAGAGGGGGGUGGGAUGGGAGACAGGGCCCGAUACUCAGACCUGCCGGGCACCCGGUACCAGGAAGAGCUCACCAGACUUCUCCUGAGAGAUGCUGCGCUGGCAGGUGGGGGGCUCAUGGAUGGCUUGAUGCUGAAGGAGCAGCCUCUGGCCCUGACGGCUCUUUCCAAACCGAACACGACAACGAUGGGGCCUUGCUCAGCCGGAGGGCCGCUCAAACCUCAGGAGGAUCCAGGUGGAGUCGGACCUGGGAGGGAGGCCGUGGAGAACCGCCAGGAGUUCUUUGGAACCUGUGUGAAGUGUGGGAAAGGCGUGUACGGGGCGGAUAAUGCCUGCCAGGCGCUGGAUAGCCUCUAUCACACACGCUGCUUCACCUGUGUGUCCUGUGGACGCACCCUGAGAAACAAGGACUUCUACAAUGUCAGUGGCUCUGUGUACUGUAAAGAGGAUUACAUGUUUUCAGGAUUCCAGGCUGCUGCUGAGAAGUGUAGUGUGUGUGGUCACCUUAUUCUCGAACAGAUCCUGCAGGCUCUCGGGAACUCGUACCAUCCCGGCUGUUUCCGCUGCGUGGUGUGCUCCAAGGCUCUGGAUGGGGUUCCUUUCACCGUGGACCAUCACAGCAACAUCUACUGCGUGGCAGACUACAACAAGACUUUUGCCCCGAAGUGCGCCGCCUGUUUACAACCCAUCUUACCUACUGAGGGCAGUGAAGAGAUCCUCCGGGUCGUGUCUAUGAACAAGGACUAUCACUUUGAGUGCUACCACUGUGAGGAGUGUGGUAAGCAGCUCUCUGAUAAGCCUGGCUCGCAGUGCUUCCCUCUGGACUCUCAUCUCCUCUGCCACUCCUGUCACAUGAGCAGAGCGUGCGACACACACAACAUUCCCCCUCACAACACACACUGAUCAGCGCCUAUGCAGCUGUGGAUGUUUUGAAAAAGCUGAUCUUAACAUGCUGUCAUUCCCUAAUUUGCUCAGUAAUGCGUCUUUUUCUGAAGAUGAAACUGCUGAUAUCCAGACAUUUCCACUGAUUCACUUUCUUUGUGUCUUUGGAUCAGACCCUUGUCACAUGUACUGCCUGCUGUACUAUUACUGUACCAUAGUUAUAAGGGAACGGGAAAGAAACUACUGCUUUUUUUUUUUUUUUACCCCAAUGUGGCUACUGUUUGCUGUAGAAGAACAAGGGAUUUUGCUAAACUGUUUUGUACAUAUAUUAUCGCUAGCAAACAUUUUGCACUUAAAUUUGACUUUACUGUAAGAGAUUUGUUACGUGAAUCUGUACAAUUUGGGGAAAAACAUUACUGUAAUUUCUGUAUGUGGUAAUAAAUAUUUUCAUUUGUGUUCAGAUAAUGGUCUAACAUCCAAUAUAUUUAAACACGGCAACUCGUCAGGUCACGAUGCCUCAAGCAAAAACAUUCACAGAGAGGCGGAUAACCAAUUUAAAUUUAUUUAAUUCUUUUAAAUUCUCAGUACAUUCAGCACUUGAAGGGAGGGGGAGAAAAAAAUAGCAACAAUCUUACUGUUUAGAACUAAAAACAUAAAAUUAAAAAUAUUAAAAUUGUAACCAUUACACUAUGAGAAGGUAAACUUGCUAUUUGUAGCUCCUCUUUAAAUAUAUAUAUGAUUGAAGGGUCAGGAGGGAUUUUCAAUACAGGGAGGAUCAACUUCCUGUAAUUAUUACAGAAUAAAUGACGUGACAAGAAUUUUAUAUCUUCCCCUUCUCCACUCCAAACACAUCCACUAAAGACAAACUGGGGCGUGUCUCCUGCAUCACCACAACACAUAACAUCUCUUCCUAUCGCACACUUUUCUAGGUUACAGUGUUGAGACUUCAGUACCAGUUGCAUCUUCGUGGGAGAUGAAGGUUAUUACUCGCACAAACGUCACCUGCUGUAACACACAACAACCCU